UCCGCGCCGCUGCCCUGCCCGGGCCAGGCGGGAAGAUGGACCCCGGCUCCUCGCUGGGCUUCAGCCUGAAGGACGUGAAGUGGAGCGCGGUGGCCGUCCCUCUGGACCUGCUCGUCAGCACCUACCGCCUCCCGCAGAUCGCCCGGCUGGACAGCGGAGAAACUGUAGAAGGCCUUCGAGAGAGUGAUUACCUCCUGAUUCAUUCGUGUCGGCAGUGGACAACAAUUACAGCUCACAGUCUGGAGGAGGGCCACUACGUCAUAGGGCCAAAGAUAGAAAUCCCUGUACAUUAUGCAGGGCAGUUUAAGCUGCUGGAACAAGACCGAGAUAUUAAGGAGCCAGUGCAGUAUUUUAACAGUGUGGAGGAGGUGGCUAAAGCAUUUCCUGAACGAGUUUACGUCAUGGAGGAAAUAACAUUCAACGUUAAGGUAGCUUCAGGUGAAUGCAAUGAAGACACUGAGGUUUACAACAUUACCCUUAGUACUGGGGAUGAACUCACUUUAAUGGGACAAGCAGAAAUCCUUUAUGCAAAAUCUUCUAAGGAGAAGUCACGACUCAACACCAUCUUUAAAAAAAUUGGUAAACUUAAUUCAAUUAGCAAACUUGGCAGAGGCAAAAUGCCCUGCCUCAUCUGCAUGAACCACAGGACCAAUGAAAGCAUCAGUCUCCCAUUCCAGUGUAAGGGCAAGUUUAGCACCCGCAGCCCAUUGGAGGUGCAGAUGCAAGAAGGUGAGCACACAAUUCGUAAUAUAGUAGAAAAAACCCGGCUGCCUGUUAAUGUGACUGUGCCAAGCCCUACACCGAGAAACCCCUACGACCUGCAUUUUAUCCGUGAAGGGCACAGAUACAAGUUUGUCAACAUUCAGACCAAAACUGUGGUGGUUUGUUGCGUGCUUCGUGGCAACAAAAUUAUUCCCAUGCAUUUUCCCUUGCACUUGACACUUCCAAAAUUUACUCUACCUGACAGUCUUGUGAAGGGGGAGCUGUGGCACGAAUCCCUCAUCCAGCAUUGGUUUAAUAUAUGCCAGGAACAGUUUGACAUAGAUGAGUAUUCCCGGGCCGUGCGCGAUGUGAAAACAGACUGGAAUGAAGACUGCAAGAGCCCAAAGAAGAGCCGGUGCAGCGGGCACACUCACGUGCCCAACUCCCUCAGCUAUGCACGGGACGAACUCACGCAGUCCUUCCACCGGCUGUCGGUGUGUGUUUAUGGCAACAAUUUGCAUGGCAAUAGCGAAGUGAACCUCCACGGCUGCAGGGACCUGUGUAACGAGUGGGCACUGUUUUCUCACGAUGCGCUUCAGUACCAGGAUUCUGGUGACAGUAGCAGUGAUUACCUUUUUCCAGAGGUUGGUGAAGAGUCCAUGUUUCUGCCUACAAAACCAGAACUUCCUUACGAAGAGCUGUGGUUGGACCAAGGGUCUGGAAAGCCUGGUGAGCAGCCUCUCACUCGCUCGCUAAGUGAGAAGAACAAAUGUGACAAUUACAGAGGAUCCUUCCGAUCAAAGUGUGGUAGUCCAUCUCUUCCUGUGCCUGGGACAGUCGAUGCAGCAACAAAGUCUGCGGAUGUUUCCCUACCUCCACCUCCAGUGCCUCCCAAAUCAGAAGCAGUAAAAGAGGAAUGCAGGCUCCUGAACGCUCCCCCUGUCCCACCACGGAGUUCAAAACCAUCUUCCACUAGUCCUUCCAUCCCUCCUCGCACAGUCAAACCUGCACGACAGCAGACGCGCUCUCCUAGCCCUACUUUGUCCUACUAUUCUUCAGGACUGCACAACAUCAACGUCACAGAGAGUGACAGCACGAACCCAGCUGAGAGCAGCACACCUGUUUCAUGCUACCCUUGCACCAUGAUGAAAACUGAAUCCAAAGAGCCUGAGAACACAAUGCCUUUUGGAAGCCCCUCAAUUGAAGCUCUGCCUUCCAGAUUAUCUUGGCCGAACCAUUUUUCAGGAGCUAUGGAAGGCCAGAAUAGGAGUGAUUUCCUGCUCGAUCCAAGCAGGAGCUACAGUUACCCCAGACAGAAGACUCCAGGCACACCAAAGAGGAACUGCCCAGCACCUUUGACUUUUGACUUCGAUGGGUGCGAGCUCCCUGUGGGGUACUCCCAGCUGUCCCCAGCAGAGUUCAACAUCUCCAGCUGCCCAAAGUCAGCAAGUUACUCUCUAGGCAGCACUGAUGAGAAAACUCUGGGAGACAGCAAUGCAAAGCAGAGUCAUUCAUGUCCUGCCUUACCUCCUCGGGCACCAAAGUCAAGCGAAGAGAAACAAGUUACAGACAUGUGUACUUUGCCACUAAAAAUAGAUGGUGCCGAGGAAGAAUCAAAAACGGAUUCUCCAGACCUCCUGGAAGAUCAAUAUCUGGUUAAAAAGGGCAUGCAGGAUACAUUCUCUGUGUCUUAUCCCUUCUCAUCUCCCCUCCACCUCCAGUUAGCGCCAAGGUCUUGUGGGGAUGGCUCUCCCUGGCAGCCACCCACAGACCUUUCUGGACUCUCGAUAGAGGAAGUGUCUAAAUCACUGAGGUUUAUUGGUCUGUCUGAAGAUGUCAUCUCAUUUUUUGUUACAGAGAAGAUUGAUGGCAAUUUACUGGUUCAGCUAACAGAAGAAAUCCUGUCAGAAGACUUUAAGCUAAGCAAAUUGCAGGUUAAGAAAAUACUACAGUUCAUUAAUGGCUGGCGGCCCAAGAUGUGAUGCUGACUGGUUUUCAGUGGAACUGUAUGAGGUGUGCUAGAGGCACUUCAGCUAAUACAUCACUUCCUGUUUUUUGCACUAAGAGCCCUUCCUGUAAAUAGUAAUAGAAAAAUUCUUAACUAUGCAGAUAGAAGUUUUCGAGUGGUGAACGGUGGGGGUUUUUUUUGUAUGUCAAUAAUAAUGGUAGAGAAUCUGCAGAGGUGUGCCUUGUGCAUCCCUGAAUGUUCAACAGCUGCUAAAAACUGGACACUAAGGGAACUUUCACUCUGUACUCUAUUAAGACUUAGUCAUAUUUAUUACUGAACAAUUUGAUGCUGAAAGACACACACACACACCAAUCCAGUUUACAGUUUUGAGUUAACUGCAAAAAAAUGUAUUUCUUAUGGGAGUAUUUCUUCAAAUAAUAUUUGACAACAUGCUGUGAUUUUCUUUUUCCUUUUCUGCUAACAGUAAGCAUGGUCAGAGAUAGAAAAACGUGGUUUUGACACUACAUCUGAAAAUGUUAAGAAUUGCUGUGAAGUGCCACUAAUACACUGCUCUUGCAGCUUGUUUUUAUUAACAGUGUCUUCAUGACUACCUAUAAUUGUGGGUAUGUUUUCCACCUCACUUUCAGAGAAAAGAGCUUGCUUAGCUUAGUGCCCAAAGGGAAGGGAGAAGGGGGAUUUUCCUACUGAGCCGCUCUGACCUGGCCAACUAAAAGUUUAUGACCUGUAGAUUUCAGAAGUUGCUUUUGUAGUCAGAUAGCUGCAGUCAGUGGCACGACUUCAGGUCAUGCAGCUUUCCUAUGUGGAAUGCGGCUCCCUACACAAACCCUGUCCUCAGUGGCUCCAGCCCCUCACAGCCACAAGGACAGUCUGAGCAGCCUGGUAGCUCAGCCCUUCCAUUUGCCUUGCCCAUUACAUUUCCUCUGUUGUUGUUACCAUCAUCUGAAAAUGUGCUGUGCUAUUCUUGGAGUCAGAUCUGUGUGGGAAGGUGAUAGUACUGCAGGAUGCCUUUGAAAUAAAACAUUGGUGAGGUGCAAAGAACCAGGAGCAGUGCCUGCCACGCAGAUAAGAAGGGGCCCAGUGAGAGUUUGGGCCAUGCCUCAGGAAAUGCUUGUAAUGCUUAAGUUCACCUGUUUCAUUUGCAGUGGGCUAGGAAAAUGUGAAUGUCGAAGUGGAAGGGACAGUAGCUUCAUUGAGAUGUGCAAACUCAACUGCCUGGUUACAAAAACUUGCGGCAAUAGAUGCCAGGCAAAAGUAGCAGCCAAAAGUGAGCUCAGAGAUAGGAAGGAGGCAUAAGACUGCCCCCGGACACCUUUUGAAUUGAAGUGUGGGAAGUCAGAAGUAGGAUUCAUUAUUGGUAGUCCACUGCUGAGUUCUUGUCAUUGGCAGAGCUCUAAAAAAUGUCUAAAUAACUCCAAGGUCCCGAGGUCCCCUGCCUUCAUAGUCAUGAAGGAAGGAUUUGUCCUCAGGAAAGCCUGUAGAGCCCAUCCUCAAUGCUGCGUGUCCAGUACCUUCUGGCAGUCAGAACCAGAGAUGCUGGAGCAGCUUCACCAGCCACAGAGCAGAGCGCUGCCUGGAGUGACCAUCACAGAAUCACACAAUGGCCAGGGUUGGAAGGGACCUCAAGGAUCAUGAAUCUCCAACCCCCAGCCA